ACAAAGGGUGAGCGAGGGGCGUGGGGAGGCUGGAAGGCUUCGCCUCCUCGGCUGGCCUGGAUGCCCGCCCAGCAGCCUGCGGGGGAGUGAGGACAAGACGCACGCGAAACUUGGGACUCGGAUAUUUCUAUGCCACCGAAACCGCCGUCCUACCCCAGGGAGGCAGGGAGAUCGGAGCGGAGUGCGUGCGCGAGCCGAGCGAGUGCUUACGUCGCAGCGAGAUCUGUGCUGGGAUAAUUAGAGAGGAGUUGGGCUGAGCCGAGUCCUCUUUUAGCAGCAGCAGCCGGAGCCGCAGCAGCAGCCGGAGCCGCAGCAGCAGCCCGGUGGGGCGCUCCCGGCUCGGGCCGCUCGGGAGCGAACGGGGACAGGCCAGCGCGGCGCAGCAGCCGCCCCACCGCGCCCACCGCCCCGGCGGCCCCGGCCGCACAAAGGCAGCGGCCGUCCGCGUGGCCUUCCCCAUCCAGGCAUCCAGGUCCCGCUCCCUCCCUCCUCUCCCGAAGGCGAAAAUGGCAGGGCCGGGCGAGGACCUGGGACAGCGGUGGCCCUAGCUCUGCGGUCCCCGCCCCUCCUGCCGGGAGAGCCAGCGGGCUGCCGGCAGACUAUGCGGCCGCGGCUGCUCCCCAGUGCGUCUUCGGCCCGCGUCCCCGCUGCCGCGCCUCUUCUCUGCUCCUUCCAUCCCGCCCAGAGGAGUUGAUGCUGCCGCCGCCGCCGCCGCCGCUGAAGCCGCGGCUGAUGGAUGCCAGGGAGUGCCGCAUUGCCUAGCGUCCCCGCCUCCGGGUUUGCUGACGCUCUCUCCUCGCCCUGGAGCUCAGCGCUGAAGAGCCACCUUAUUAUUAAUCAGAAUUUCCAUCGUGAUCCCUGGCGGGCGCAUCCUUCAGAAGCAUCAGAAGCAUCUUCAGACCGCAGAAGCAUCACAGUGCUGGGGCUGAGAUGUGCGUGGGGGUUGUUUUUGUUACAUCUUGGAAGAGAAGGGAAGAGGACAGUACCAAGAUCAGAACCACCAGUGGUAGGUGGAAUUAGGGGUGUUGUGUUAGGAGAGAGAAAGGACAAGAAGAGGAGUGCAGAGCCCGCCAGAGGUCCACAUCUCUUUACGGGAAAGGGAAUAGGGAACCAAAGUGGAGCACCGUGUUUUCGCGGGUGGGGAAGAAGUUUAUAUCCCCCACAGUAAAGCUGUGGGAAAUCAGGAGCAACAGGGUACUUGAUUGGACACCAAGACAAAUCAUUUCCUGUAAGGGAGAGGAAGCAGGCAGCAGCCAGGUCUGGGGGCCAGAGUGUGGUGGUGGCAAGGGCCAGGUUUGUUGUGGAACAGUCAACAAGCGCUUCAGAAGGGAAGGCUCAGGAACAAGCAGAACAAUGACUCAUUUGCAAGCUGGUCUCUCUCCUGAGACCCUGGAGAAGGCUCGCCUGGAGCUCAAUGAGAACCCAGAUACACUGCACCAGGACAUUCAGGAGGUCAGGGACAUGGUCAUCACCAGGCCAGACAUUGGCUUCCUGCGCACAGAUGAUGCCUUCAUCUUACGCUUCUUGCGGGCCAGGAAGUUUCAUCACUUUGAGGCCUUCCGCCUCCUGGCACAGUACUUUGAGUACCGGCAGCAGAAUCUGGACAUGUUCAAAAGCUUCAAGGCCACUGACCCUGGCAUCAAGCAGGCACUCAAGGAUGGCUUCCCUGGGGGCCUGGCCAAUCUGGACCACUAUGGCAGGAAGAUUCUAGUCCUUUUUGCAGCCAACUGGGAUCAGAGCAGGUACACACUGGUGGAUAUUUUGCGUGCCAUCUUGCUUUCCUUAGAAGCUAUGAUUGAAGAUCCUGAGCUUCAAGUGAAUGGGUUUGUUUUGAUCAUAGACUGGAGUAACUUCACCUUCAAGCAAGCCUCUAAACUUACACCAAGCAUGCUGCGAUUAGCUAUUGAAGGCCUGCAGGAUAGUUUCCCAGCACGAUUUGGAGGAAUUCAUUUUGUUAAUCAGCCGUGGUAUAUCCAUGCCCUGUACACCGUGAUCCGACCUUUCCUUAAGGAGAAGACUCGGAAAAGGAUAUUUUUGCAUGGUAACAACCUCAACAGUCUACACCAACUAAUACAUCCCGAGAUUCUGCCCUCUGAGUUUGGAGGAAUGCUGCCCCCUUAUGACAUGGGAACAUGGGCAAGAACACUGCUAGACCAUGAGUAUGAUGAUGACAGUGAGUACAACGUGGACUCCUACAGCAUGCCCGUGAAGGAAGUAGAAAAGGAACUCUCCCCCAAGUCCAUGAAGAGAUCCCAAUCAGUAGUGGAUCCUACAGUACUAAAACGCAUGGAUAAAAACGAGGAAGAAAACAUGCAACCUUUGCUUUCUCUGGACUAACUUCUCUACACCCCUUCACGGAUUAGAAAUGGAAGGUACUGGUUUUCAGCAACAGGGACAGCACUGUGGAGGAAUUAUCAGCUGGAAACCUAUUUAUUCAUGUUAAUGUAGCAUAAUAUAUAAUAAGGCAUCAGGCUUUCCCAUUUGUCUGAACCAUGGGUGCCCUGGGCUGGAUUAAAAAAAAGUCAAUAAUUUAUUCUGUAAGUGCCAAGUUCUUUGUAAAUAUAAUGUAAUCUUCGUGUCAAGUUUGUAAAUUUUGGUAGUAAUUUAAUUUGGAAAGGAUUGGCUCAAAAGUCUAUACCAGUGAUAUGAACU